AUGGGGAAUGAGCCCCUGGGGGUCCGACUGGUGUUCGCCGCGAUGUUUCUGCUGAAUGCCGCCGUGCUGUGUCGCGGAGGUAUAACCAGCGACUUUGUCCGCCACCCGGAGAAGGCCGUCGACAUGCCGCUCGAUGCCGACGUAUUCCGCAUUCCCCCAGGCUACAAUGCUCCCCAGCAGGUAUCCUCCUUUCCUUCCGUGCCUCCUGAAUUAUUCAUUCACUCUCUAUGUAGCUGUCUUCGUCCUUCUUCCUGUGCUUUAAUGACCUGGUGCGUAGCCUGAUUUGAACUUCUGCUGUGAAGGUUCAUGUCACCCAGGGGGAUCAUGAAGGUAGAGCGGUCAUUCUGUCGUGGGUCACCCCAUCCGAGGCGGGCUCCAGCACAGUCUUCUACGGCACGUCGGAGCACGAGCUGGAAUUCAAGGCAGAGGGGACCGUCACCAAGUACAAUUUUUACACUUACACCUCCGGCUAUAUCCACCACUGCAUCCUCAGUAACCUAAAGGUUAUAUGUGAUCCAAAUGUGAUCUUUUGAUGGUUCAGCUCUAACUUGUCUUGGAUUUUUCUUCUGCCCAUUAGCUUCAAAGUAAGUAAACCGAGUGUGCCCUGGUUUGCAGUACACCACAAAAUACUUCUACAAAGUCGGAAUUGGGCUCACAACUCGGGUCUUCUGGUUCAAAACGCCUCCCAAAGUCGACCCAGAUGCUCCAUACACCUUCGGUCUGAUAGGUGAUGAGUUAUUUCGAGGGACUAUCUUUUAGACGAUCUCCCUUAUUUGAUGUAGUUACAGAAGGAACUAGUCAUUUAGAAAAUGAAGGCUGCUUCCGUGGGUGGAGAUUCCUGUUCAAGCAGCUCUUUUCAUUGCUCAUCAUGUUGUUAUUCCGUUGUUGUGCCAUUCAUUUGAUUCUAUUUCAAAACUUGCUCUUCUCUUUUGUCCAGUCACAUAAGUUUGCUUUCCUGUUCUCCAAAUUGACAAUGAAAGAAAUAGCGCCAUAUUUCAACCCGGAACAUGUUUGUUUUUGUAGUUUUUUGAUGGAGAACCAUUUCAAGUUCUCUCUAAUGUAUCUAUUUUCCAGUUUUUUUCUUUGUAUGCUUGAGAAAAUUGUAAUUAUGGUAAUACUAUUCAUUUGAUAUGAGCAUGAACCAUAAUAAGUUUUAUUAUAAUAAUUAUAGGAAGAGCUAUUAUAUUAUUGUACAUAUAAUGAUACAAUGCUAAUUUAAAUACCAGUUUAAUGUUUCUAUUUUUGAUGUUUGGAUGUUGAAAUGGAGAUUCGGGGGGGAUCUCACCUUUCUUAUGACUAUCCCUGAAAAUAUAUGUUGGUCUGUUGGAGGUAUGGAUAACAUGGUUUUAUAUUGAUGUUAUCUUCUUAUACGAUGCAGGAGAUCUUGGACAGACAUUUGAUUCAAAUAUAACGCUAGCCCAUUAUGAAUCCAACCCCAAAGGACAGACUGUUCUGUAUGUUGGCGACCUCUCGUAUGCCGAUAUCUACCCAAAUCAUGACAAUGUAAGAUGGGAUACGUGGGGCAGGUUUGUUGAGAGGAGCACUGCAUACCAACCGUGGAUAUGGACUACGGGAAAUCAUGAAAUUGAUUUUGCCCCUGAGAUUGUAAUGGCCUCUCUGUACUUUGUUAUUUCUAUCUUCGCUGAUAUUGAUUGCCAUAAACUCUUCUUUGUUGUUAAUCUGAUUCAUGCUGGCAAAAAAACUUUAGUAAAUUUCAAGUUAAAUAUGCAGUUUUGAACUUUCCAUUUUUUUUUGUUUUAAUUUUAUCUUAUUUGGAAAUCGAUUCACUCAUCUUGUCUGACGACCCUCCUUUCAAUAAAUAGUGAAUUGUAGAAUGUAAUUUUGUGGAAUGACUGAUGAAAACUGUUUCUACAUCUCAUAUGUAUCUCUACGACAGGGCGAAUAUGUCCCUUUCAAGCCAUUUGUACAUAGAUAUCACGUGCCUCACAGAGCUUCUGGUAGUGGGUCUCCGUUUUGGUACUCCAUCAAGCGGGCAUCAGCAUACAUUAUUAUUCUGGCAUCGUACUCAGCUUUUGGUAUGAAUCCAUUACUUACCACAUUACUGAUAUCUGUAUGAUGAUGUAUUCACUAUUACGGUCGUCAGGAUCAGUUUGCCUCGCUGUCUCCUCUGGUUGACUUUAUUACAUCUGACCAUCAAAGUAGAUAUCUGAUUUGGCAAAAGAUAUUAUUGCCGGAAUAUUUUCAAAAAAUUUGAUUCUCCCUGAUCUGUACAUUUGUUUCCCUGCAAUGUUGAUUAUUUUGUACUACUCUUUUCAUAUUCUUAGGAUAUAUAGGUUAAGCUUGGGCUUUCCCGUCUUUAUUAUAGCUGCUUCUUUCCUGAACGAGUAUCACGUUUAAAAAUUGUUGUGUUUGUCUCUGGGUUGCUGUCACAAUUCGUGGCUCGUUUUUCUACAAUUCCUUUUUUUUUUGUUAUAGAGAAACUAUUAGUCUCAAAGGGAGUUUAUUAUUUCUUAUGUUUCAUGUAAAAAUUUCCGAUUAGGUAAAUACACUCCACAGAGUGAGUGGCUGGAACAGGAGCUUCCAAAGGUGAAUAGAAGUGAAACACCUUGGCUAAUUGUUCUCAUGCAUUCACCAUUGUAUAACAGUUACAGUUACCAUUACAUGGAAGGAGAAACAAUGAGAGUUAUGUACGAGCCUUUAUUCGUCGAGUACAAAGUUGAUGUUAUAUUUUCUGGUCAUGUCCAUGCGUAUGAACGAUCUGUAAGUCUUUUCCCAUUUCUCUACUAUUGUUUUUCUGUGCAGUAUAUUCCUCUGAACAAGGAGACCAAUGCUUUUCUUUGUCAGCAAUAUCAUUUAGUCUUAUAUUCGCUUGUGGAACUUGAUUAGCUCGUGCUCCUGCUGGUGUAAAUUUGAAGGUUAUGCACUGAAAAGGCUUUCCCAAUUUGUAUAUGAGAACAAUGAUGAUGAUUCAUAAGUCGCGAUAAUUGGUAAAUAGCAUUUCCUGAUCUAGUUGUAAAUAUGUCUCUUGUUGCUUUUGCUUUUGAAAAGCGGCAAGGUUGAAGCAGUAACAGAUGCUAUUUUAGAAAUCUUUGAAAGAUAGGUGUAACUUUGGCUGGGUCAGAGAAUGGUUGUAGUAUGCCAAAGGACUUUGAUAUUUCCCAGGUCUGGCUUUUCACCCCCUCUGGGACAUGUGCUGUUCUUUCACUCUGCUCGAGUCAGGGAUCGGAUAUUCUCAUUUAGUGAGGGUAGACCGAAGAGCAGCAUGAGAAAUCUUCGAAUAUGUUUGUCUAAUGGGAUUUUGUUAUCUAGACUUUGAUGUUAUUUUUCUUGCACACUGAAAUGAAUCUAGACUCAAUCAAUGGGCAAGUUUCAUGCAUUGUAAGAUAACCAAAUCAUGCAACAUUUUUCUCCUUGCAGUAUAGGAUAUCAAACAUCGCUUACAACAUUAUUGAUGGGAACUGCAGGCCCGUGCCUGACCAGUCAGCCCCAGUAUACAUCACCAUUGGAGAUGGAGGAAACCAGGAGGGACUGGCCGCAAGGUAUGCUCACAGCUGACAGAGAGCUCUCUUCCUGUGUCAUUUCCUCUCCUCUUGCCUUCUCUGUCUGACGUGCAGUGGUCUGGCCCCUUCUGGCAGCAUGACAGAGCCACAGCCAAGAUAUUCUGCCUUUAGAGAGGCAAGCUUUGGCCAUGCCAUCUUUGACAUAAAAAACAGGAGCCAUGCUUACUACAGCUGGUAUCGGAACCAAGAUGGCAAUGCCAUGGAGGCAGACUCCCUGUGGUUCUUCAAUCGAGUAUGGAAUCUCAGGGAGGAGACCUACUAUCCUUAG